AUGUGUGACCAGCAGCAGAUUCAGUGUUGCCUGCCGCUCCCACAGUGCUGCGUCAAGGGUUCUUCCUUCCACCCCGCUGAGUCCUCCUUUGCCAACAACCAGGUGGUGGUUCAAGCCCCUUGUGAGAUGCAAAUUGUGGAGUGCCCUGCACCAUGCCCAGUUCAAGUUUCCCAGGCUCCGUGCCAGGCUCCGUGCCAGGCUCCAAGCCAGUCCCAGACCACGAAGGUGAAGGGCCAGUCUAAGACCAAGCAGGGGAAGGGCCAGGCUCCAAGCCAGUCCCAGACCACCCAGGUGAAGGGCCAGGCUCCAUCCCAGUCUCAAGUUUCCUGUGUUCAGUGCCAGGCUCCAGGCCAGUCUGAGGUUUGCUACCUGCAAUGUGAAGCCCCACAGCCUGUUCAGACUUGCUAUGUAGAAUAUUCUCCAGUUUGUUAUACGGAAGCUUAUGUGGAAGGCCCAGUCCAGACCUAUGUACCCUAUGCAGCUUCUCGGUCUGUCCAGACUUAUGUGGAACGUCCCCCAGUGUGCCAGACUCAGGGAGGAUUCUCUGCCCAGGGCCAGUAUCAGGGUUCCUACAGCAGAUCCACCCCCCAUAGCUGUGCCCCUCAGUUCCAGUCACGGGCUUCCUACAGCAGCUAUGCCCCCCAGUUCCAGCCACGGGCUUCCUACAGUAGCUGUGCCCCCCAGUUCCAGUCACGGGCUUCCUACAGCAGCUACGCCCCUCAGCAUCAGUCCCGGGCUUCAUUUAGCACUUGUGUGCCCCAGUGCCAGACCCAAGGUUCCUAUGGGGGCUUCACUGCAGAGCGCAGGUCUCGGAGCACCAGCAGAUGCCUCCCUUCUCGCCGGCUGGAGCCUUUUCCCCGCAGUUGUUCCCCACCACGACAUUCUGAGCCCUACUACAGCAGCUACGUGCCAUCAAGAUCCUCUGCAGGUUACCCUAACUACUGCACCCCACCCCGCCGCUCUGAACCCAUCUCUGCCAGCCACUGUCCUCGGGGCCCCACCUCAAACUGCUCUCAGAGAUGCAGACCCAAGUGCCGAAUAGAGAUUUCCUCCCCCUGCUGCCCCCGGCAGGUUCCCCCACAGAGGUGUCCUGUUCAAAUUCCUCCCAUCCGACGCUCCCAGAGCUGUGGCCCACAACGUUCCUGGAGUGCCUCCAGCCCAGAGCUGAGGCCACGCAUAGAGCCACGUCCACUCCCAAGCUUCUGUCCACCACGGCGUCUUGACCAAUACCCAGAGCCAUCACUGCAGAGACAUCCACUUCCUGCUCCACGUCCACGUCCACGCCCAGAACGAUGCAUAAGUCCAGAACCCCGCCCGUGCCCUCUACCAAGGAGACUGUCAGAGCCUUGUUUGCGCCCAGCACCACUUCCAGCACCAAUUCCAGUACCACUUCCAGCUCCACGUCCAGCUCCACGUCCAGCUCCACGUCCUCGUCCAGUGCAGUGUGAAAUUCCAGGGCCACGACCAUUCCCACAGCGCUGUGAGUCCCCAGAGCCUCGUCCACGGCCAGAGCCAAUUCCCUUGCCAGCGCCCUGCCCAACCCCAGAGCCACUUGGGGAACCUUGGCACUAUCCCAGCCCUUGCUCCAGCCCAAAUCCAAUUCCAUGCCCAGGAGACCUAGGCUGUCAUGAGUCCAGUCCACGCCACCUAGACACCGAGGCUCCCGGCUGCAGCCCAUCCAGGUGUAACCAGGGGCAAGAGAGUAGUGCUGGCUGUGGACCUGGUGAUGUGUUUCCAGAGCCACAGGGUCAGGGGGGGUGUGGAGACCAAGGCAAUACCUCUGCUGGGGCCAAGAGUGCCUAUUUUUGA